AUGACGCUGCUCUUCCUCGCCUUCGUGAAUGCCUCAUCUGCAUUCGUGAAAGGCUUCAACUACAAAGUGCAGGAGGCGGUCGUCCAGCGCAAGGCCCUGCAAAAGGAUCUUCUGAAGAAAAAGACAGAGUUUCUGGACCACGCGAAUGGCCACGUCGACGCAGACGAGAUCCGGAUAU